GUUUUGGACUCGGGUCAGGCAGGACAGCAGCCGACUCUCUUUGGUUGUGGACGACGAAAAUCAACACUCUUUACUAGCUUGUUACGUUCCCAAAAUUGUAUUUAAUGCUCUUUAGCAAUGUCGUCCGCUCGAGGGUUAUCGAAGCAAUCAAGAGCUUCAAACUUGUCGGCCAGACUAGCAGGUACCUGCAAGAAAGACUGUUGGCUUGUACCGGGUCUUGCGAUGUGGCUGUUUGCGGCGUUUCUUCUAGUCAGCAGUAGCUAUUUUGGUGUGACAUGUACAAUCUUCGAAUUUUUGUACAAAACCCAACCAAACCCAUACCUGGAUGAGGUUUUCCACAUUCCUCAGGCACGAAGGUAUUGUGAUGGAAAUUUCACAGAGUGGGACCCUAAAAUCACAACUCUUCCUGGCUUGUAUUUCCUGACUGUUGGCUUUUUGAAGCCUAUUUCAUGGUUUUUAUCAAAACCAGAAGUCUGCUCAUCUGUGUAUGCAUUGCGUAGUGUCAACAUGAUUUUAAGCACAGGCCUGCUAUAUGUUGUGUACAGCCUCCUUCGACAGAUACAUGGUCACAAGGAAGAAUUGGAUGUUGUACGUGGACUACUGACAGCAGUGAAUAUGUGUAUAUUUCCAGUUUUAUACUUCUUCAAUUUCCUAUACUACACUGAUGUCAUGUCAACAUUCCUUAUUCUCUUUGCUUAUUUGCUGACCCUUCAUGAGCGUCAUGCAUUGUCAGCUUUCACUGGAUUUCUUGCUGUUUGUGUCCGACAAACCAACAUAGUUUGGGUUUUGUUUUUUGGUCUUCUCACAUUUGCGGAUAUCCUCAAAGAAAAUGCCUACAUCAACAAAAAAAAGUUCACUGUUCCAGUGGUGAGGAGCUACAAAUAUUUGGAAAUCCUUUGGAUGAACAGUUGUCAAGUUGCCCUUGUCAAUAGCUCAGCUGGAAAAGUUCUUGCGAUGAAUAUGGUCAGGAAACUAACAGGUUAUUUUCUAGUGGGUGCAACAUUCAUUGUAUUUGUCUUAUGGAAUGGCAGUAUAGUUGUUGGUGACAAGCAAGCUCAUCAAGCUUCUCUACAUUUAACUCAAGUUUUAUACUUUGCUUCAUUUGUCUUUUUCUUCAUGUUACCCUUUGCAAUCCCAUAUGCCUUCAGUCUGCAUCAUUCAUUGCGUCGUAGAAUUGUCCCUGCUGCAAUAGGUAUGCUGGUAAUUAUUGCGAUUGUCCACUUUAAUACUAUUGCCCACCCUUACCUACUGGCUGAUAACCGACACUACACGUUUUAUGUAUGGAGACGCAUCAUAAAUCGUGAAUGGUGGUCACGUUACAUGAUUACUCCAAUUUAUAUGAUGGGAUGCUUUUUAAUUGCAAGCAUUUUGAAACGAACUGAUUUUGUAUUCCAGAUUGGAUUUAUGUUUUGUUUAUUAGCAAGCUUAGUUCCUCAGUCUUUACUUGAAUUCAGAUAUUUCAUUAUUCCAUACAUGUUACUGAGACUUCAGGUAUUAAAACCUGAAAUCUGGCAACUUCUUUCUGAAAUGGGAUUAUAUGUUCUUGUAAAUGCAUCAACUAUUUUGAUUUUUUCCCUAAAAACAAUUAAGUGGUCCGAUAUGGAGGAACCUCAACGUUUUCUGUGGUAAAACCAUGUUCCACCAAAAAAUAUUGUAACACAAGAAAAAUCUGUUAACUUGUGUUAAAGAAGUACAACAGCAUUUGAUAUUAUGUCAGGUAACAUUUUGCCCAGAGCCUUUGCUCACCAAUUUUAAUUUUAUUUGUGGUUUUCAUGAAAUUAAAGUGAUCUCAUUUUUUCCCCUAGUUCUUUGUUAAGUCUUAGUUAUGUAUGGUUAGUAUAUUUACUUCAACACGUAAAGACCAUUGUUUUCCGUCAAAGACAAAGUUCAGGUAGCAAUCUUAAAAAAAGUUUCUUGCAUUGAAGGAUCUUUUGGUUGUUCUAAGUUACUACCUAGAUGUAAAAUAAUGCCAAUUUGAUUUUACUUUAUAUCACCUAGUCACUCAUUUUGAUUCAUUUGUACUGUUUAGCUUUAGUGUUUUCAUAAAUGUAUAAUUAUUACAUUCUCUGACUCAGGCUUUAAUAACUUCACUGUGUUGAUUUUUCAUGAUUUAGGCUGUGUAUCAAAAGAGUUUGGAGUAGAUUUUUUCAAUGAUUUUCUAGUCAUUAAUGCAGUCAAAUGUGUAAUUUUAAAAAUAAAGUUUAAUUUAUUUUGGCCUUUAACCGUGGCCUUUUUUUCAAUUUUUUUUUCUAGAAAAUGACUUUUAAUACUGUCUAUCUCCAUCUGACGGUCUGUCUGUCUGAAGUACAUUUAAAAAACAUAAUAAAGUGAAGUUGUGAACUCUUAGCCUAGGAAACAUUUUUAUACUGUUGAAGCAUUUUUGUGACUUUGUGACUUUGUUUGGUUUAUGUGUGUGAUGGAAUAGGAUAGCAAGCACUUGUCAUUCUCAGUGUGCAUACUUAAUUGUAUUGUUUUUGUCAUACAUUAACAACAAUGCAACUAUAAUGAGAGGACACAAUAAAUGUGUUUUUAUAUCGAAAAA